AUGAGUCAGACUGCGGAAUAUGUCCCAGAAAAAGUGAAGAAAGCUGAAAAGAAACUAGAAGAAAACCCAUAUGACCUUGACGCUUGGAGCAUUCUCAUUCGAGAGGCACAGGUUUAGUGAUAUAGGAUUACAUUUCCUUAUCUAUGGUCCACUCACACUCUUUGGUUCUGGAGUAAAAUCAACAUAUUCAUUUACAUAAAUCAUAAUAUUGUAAAUGCUGUUUUGAUUUUCAAUUUUUAGAAUCAGCCUAUAGACAAAGCACGGAAGACCUAUGAACGCCUUGUUGCCCAGUUCCCCAGUUCUGGCAGAUUCUGGAAACUGUACAUUGAAGCAGAGGUUAAUAUUUUUACAUUUUUUCUUAUAUAAAAUUUCAUAGGAUUUUAAAUUUAUAUUUUUAUAAGCAUGAGUAAGAUAGGCACAUAAUAUCUAGGGGAAAGGGGAUUUUAAAUAUGCCUUGCCUUUAUUUUGUAAAAUAGGUAUGAAGGAAUGAUUAAAAUGAAUUCUAAAAUAUUGGGUCUUUUAUGAGUUGAUGAUUGUUGCAUUAUGGAAUUGCAACAACAUUAAAACUGUUUCAAUGGUA